CAGGAAGUUAUGACAGAUACGAUGUACAUGUACAUCGUUUGGUGAAUGUUUAAACAGAAUGGAGGAUUGUUUAUAUUUUACAAUAUGGAUCGCGUUGAUGGUCCCUUUUGUGAGCGCGUAUGGCACGUGCGAAAAUGGAUCAUUGAAGGGAGUAAAGUGCUCUGCAGGUUGUUGCUAUGACAACGACUUCCCAGGCUUUUGGAAAUGUUGUGAGAGAUAUUAUAACUUCAACCCACCUAGAACUAGGCCUGUGUUCAUUGAAAUAGGAAGCGGCAUAUGCGGGCUUCUGGUCAUUAUAUUCGUCUUCAUUUGCUGUUGUAUAUGCUGUAAGAAGUUACGUAGAACACAAGGACACAUCGACCAAACGGAAACAACGUCCGUAUGUCAGCAGCCUAACCGGGCCCUGCCUCUCCUACCCCUUCAGGUCAUUUCAGGCAAUGUCGUUAGAAACGACAUAGCGUUUCAGGAUCCACCACCAUAUGAGCUAUUGGGAGCAAAUUGUUCUAGCGAGUCAUUCCACCAAGUCGUUAAUAUGCAGUCGGUCUUUGACGCGGGAAACAGCAUAGGGAAGCCACCGCCUUAUGAACUAGGGAGAGAUAAUUAUUCUAACGGGCCAUCCCUUCAAACCGGAAACAUGGUCCAGAGCUUUCCCCUCAGCAACAACAUGGCGGAGCCACCGCCUUAUGCAGAAGUCGUCGCAAAUUAUAAUCACCUUUAAUUGUUGUUUAAAGGUUCGAGACAUGUAUUAACAAUGUACUUAUUCUAACAAAUAUUGAAACGGGCAGAGUCUGAACUUUUAUUGCCGAACGCCUGUUGAGUAAACGACGUCUUCACUUAGUUUUCCUAGUAUUGUGUACGCGAACACAUUGAAAAUGGUUAUUGAUUACCCACAUCAUAAACAUAUUUCAUUCGACCAACGCACUUGAUUAUAAAAGGCCGGAAAUACAUAGUAACAUGUGAUUCGAAUGUAAAGGUCGGUAACAGGGAUCGCUAAUACAUUUAUAACUACCACUAAUAGUGUAAUGGUUGCAUUGUAUGCGAUAAAUGUUAUGAUCAGUAUCUUAUGUUGAUUGAGUUUAAUUCAAUCAUUUAAUAGAAAUGACAAAACGAUGCAUUAUAAACAGCAUGUACAUUACGUUAUAUCGAUAAUACACUUACACUAUGGUUAUCCCGAACCAAUAUGUUUUUCUUUAUCUAUUAAUUUGUUUUCCAAAUCAUAAUAAUGAACUUACACAUGAAGCUUUUAAAUUAACUAAUGGUGUCAAAUUGUGCUGUUAAUUGUUUGUAUUUGUAUAAAUUAUGUACAUUAAGAGUAUGUUCAUGCAAAGGUUUAAAAUAAACACAUCCGUCCAUCA